AUGACAUGCAUUAAUCCUAUGGCACAUUUAAAUGAAAGUUUCGUAAGCAACAGGAGCCAAAGUUUGUGGAACAUUGCCCUCGGUGGAGAUAAGCUUAGCUGGUCUUGGCUGAGCUGGUUGUCUCUUCAAAGAGAUUUGUUCACCCUUGGCCUUGGCUUCCUUCUUCAAGGCAGCGUUGGUCUUGACUCUGUUCAAGAACUCUUGACGACAAGCAGAGUGCUUGACGUGCUCGACUCUCAAGUUGACCUUCUUCUCGAUGUAUCUGUUACCAACAACCUUGUUGAUGAUGACACCGACAGCAGACUUAGUGACGUUGAAAACGAUACCGGUCUUACCUUGGUAGUACUUGUGAGGCAUACCCUUUUGGAUCGAACCGUUGGCCUUGAUGUCGACAAUGUCCCCAACUUUGUAGACCUUCAAGUACGUAGACAAUGGAAUUGCCCCGUGCUUCUUGAAGUCACGUUGGAACAUGUAACGAGUACCAGAUCUGUAACCACGCCUUCAUGUUAG